GAAGCAGGAGGGAAUCAUGUCUCUGCAUUGUGUUCCCAGGAAUGGACACAAGUGCCAUGUUCCCAAGUCUUGGAACACAGGAAAAGGCGGUUCUGCCUGGCUGGCUGGAGAAUCUGAGGAGGAAGCAAGGAAGGAGGCCAUGGCAAGCAAGUGAAUCUGCAAUGGGUAGGUCCCCAGGGCCGAGGAGGUGGAGGGCCCUGCUUCUGCCUCUGUUUCUCAUCUUCUUCUUCUCAGGGGCAACGAGGCGCGCGGAGUCGGCCCGGGAGUUCACGCUCAUCAACCAGUGCAAGACGGAGGUGUGGCCGGCGGUGACGCCGGGCGAGAGCUUCGGGGGCGGUGGCUACGCGCUCCGCUCUGGCGAGUCGGUUGUCUUCACCGCCCCCGUGGGGUGGUCGGGCCGCGUGUGGGGCCGCACCGGCUGCGACUUCGACUCGGCUGGCAACGGCACGUGCGAGACGGGCGGGUGCGGGACGUCGCUGCAGUGCGAAUCGGCGUCGGGGGCCGCUCCGGCGACGCUGGCGGAGUUCACGCUGGCGGCGACCGACUACUAUGACGUGAGCCUGGUGGACGGCUUCAACCUCCCCGUGGUGGUGACCCCGACCCCGACGAGCGCCAACUGGACGGGCUGCGCGCCGGCGGGGUGCGACGGCGAUCUGCGCCAGGGCUGCCCUUCGGAGCUGGCCGUGAAGGGCGACGGGGGGAAGGUGGUGGCGUGCCGGAGCGCGUGCGACGUGUUCGGGACCGACCAGUACUGUUGCCGCGGGCAGUACGCCAACCCGGUGGCCUGCCAGCCGACCUUCUACUCGAAGAAGUUCAAGGCGGCGUGCCCCGCCGCCUACAGCUACGCCUACGACGACCCCUCCUCCAUCUUCACCUGCGCCCAGUCGCCCGACUACACCAUCACCUUCUGCUCCAGCAACAUGAAGCAAUCGGUGUGCUCGUACCGCGACAGCCGGCUCGUCUGCAGCGGCUCCGGCAGGAGCACCUCCUCUCCACUAAUGCUUGUGAUGCUGCUGCUGCUGCUGCUCUGCAGCAUCCUGGCAUUGCAAUUUGCAUCCCCAGUGUGACUGAAUGGUUGAUUAAGGCUUAAUCAUCCAAGAGCAAGCUGACCUGACCCUCUUCUUGAUAUAGUUCUUUUUGGAUUUUUUUUGUACUAUGAGAAACAAAGAGUAUAGGUGAUUCAUGGAUCAAACUUCUCACUGUCAGUCAGUCAGUACCAUUUGAAUUUGAAUGAGAGUUAUACAGA